UCUCCUCCCUCUGGCCUCCAUGUGACAAGAGAAGCGCUUCUGCCCAAUCCGAAUCGCAUUUCUCGAGUUACUGGCUCUCUCUCUCGCGCUGCUCCGCUUCUGCUCGGUUCACUCACUCAGCGGUCUCUCCCGGGCUGGUGGCGCACCGACCCACCGCUUCUCACAUCCAUUCAGCUCGAUUCCGCAUCGUCGUCUGAAGAUGACCGUGACUAUUGCGGGGCCAUCCACGAGCCUAACCUCCACCAACCGCGGAGAGUAGAACCGGAGCCGAGGAGAGAUAGAGAGACUAACCCACCUCUCUCUCUCGUCUCUCCCCAUCAUCUGCCUCAAUCAUCUGGGCAAACCCACAGCUGAAGACGCAGCGAUUUCUGCUGAAAUCUAGCUCUCCAACACACUCCUGCUUUUAGCUCUCAGGACGCGUCUCGUCUGGCUAUUGUGGAAGUAUUUUUUCUUUAAAUCUGUAUUCGCUGAAGAUGGAUAAUAUAAACGUGGAGUCGGUGGAGAAGGAGUGCGGGGCGCUUGGUGGAUUAUUCCAGGCUAUUGUCAAUGAUAUGAAGUGUUCUUAUCCUGUCUGGGAAGACUUCAGUGCCAAGGCCACCAAGCUGCACUCUCAACUCCGAACCACGGUUUUAUCAGCAGUGGCAUUUCUGGAUGCCUUUCAGAAGGUGGCGGAUAUGGCAACCAACACAAGAGGUGCCACCAGAGACAUCGGAUCAGCUCUGACCCGCAUGUGUAUGAGGCAUCGCAGCAUUGAGGCCAAACUACGGCAUUUUACAAAUGCUUUGAUGGAGAGCCUGAUCACCCCUCUACAGGACCGUAUUGAAGACUGGAAGAAGACUGCCAAUCAGCUGGACAAGGACCAUGCCAAAGAGUACAAACGGUCUCGUCAUGAAAUAAAGAAGAAAUCUUCAGACACCAUGAAAUUACAGAAGAAAGCCAGGAAAGAGCUACAGGGCCGGGGGGACCUUCAGCCACAGCUGGACAGCGCAAUGCAGGACGUGAAUGACAUGUACCUGCUGAUGGAGGAGACAGAGAAGCAGGCGGUGCGGCGUGCUCUAGUGGAGGAGAGAGGACGCUUCUGUACCUUCAUCAGCUUCCUGCAGCCUGUAGUGAAUGGAGAGAUUGCCAUGUUAGGAGAGAUCACUCAUCUCCAGGCCAUUAUUGAUGACCUCACCGUGUUAACCUCAGACCCCCACAAACUGCCCCCGGCCAGCGAACAGGUAAUAAAAGACCUUAAGGGCUCAGAUUACUCUUGGUCCUAUCAGACUCCCCCCUCUUCUCCCAGCAGCUCCGGCUCCAGGAAAAGCAGCAUGUGCAGCGUUGCCCAGCCGCUAACAACCGCUGCACACCGCCUCAGCAGCGUCUCCUCACACGACUCCGGCUUCAUCUCCCAGGACGCCAACGUCUACUCCAAACCCCCAUCGCCCAUGCCCUGCGAUAUAACCAGCCAGAAGUCAUCAAGUUCAGCGUCCUCGGAGGCAUCUGAGACCUGCCAGUCAGUUAGUGAGUGUAGCUCUCCAACCACAUUUGGCCCGUCCUUCGCUACCUUCCGCCCUGCUCUCUCUCACACUGGCUCCAUCAGGCCUUUCUCUGUCAUAAUUCCUGCGUCCCCACCCUAUAACCGCUCCCCAGGAUCCAACACACCCUCUCCAACAUCCAAUGUUCCUUGCUGGAAGGACUGGUCCAAGAUAGGUUACAGUGAGCAGCCGCUGGCCAGCACACUUCAGAGGAGGAAGGAGCCACUGGAUAGGCUGAGGGAGGCAGAAACAUCUCCUCAGUCACAGGGGUAUUCUGGGAUGCAUUCGGAAGACCACCAGAAGCCAAGGAUGACCCCGGCCACUAUCGCUGCUAAGCAUGGUGAGGAGGUUUCCCCGGCCGCUAGUGAUCUAGCUAUGGUCCUGACACGAGGCCUCAGCAUGGAGCAGCAGAAGAGCAGCCGAGACUCCCUUCAGUACUCGAGUGGAUACAGCACUCAGACAACCACCCCAUCCUGCUCAGAAGAUACCAUCCCCUCACAGGGCUCCGAUUACGAUGGUUACUCCGUGAAUGGAGACACUGAGGCUAACGGUCAGGCUGAUUUCGAUAAAUCCUCCACAAUUCCCCGUCACAGUAAUAUCGCCCAGAACUACCGGCGCAUGAUACAGACUAAGCGUCCUGCCAGCACGGCAGGCCUGCCCAGUGGAGUGGGCGCUCUGGGCGGACCACCCGGCGGAGGGGGCGGUAUCCCCGGGACAGCCACCAUUCGCCGUACACCGUCUACAAAGCCUGGGGUGAGGCGCACCCUCUCCAGUGCUGGCCCUAUUCCUAUACGCCCACCCAUCGUGCCAGUCAAGACCCCCACUGUGCCUGACUCACCUGGCGGGUACGCAGGCCCUCCCGCCCGUGUGGGCAGUGAAGAAUGUGUCUUUUAUGUGCCGGAUGAUGCCUCUCCGGGAGCGCUGGAGUAUGUGAAGGCCUCUCCAAAGCGGCUGAGCCUGCCUAACACAGCCUGGGGCUCAGGGGGUGUAGGCGGCUUAGAGAUGAGCGUCUACAGCCAGCCAGGUGAAGAAGAUCACCUGCUGGCUGCCAAUCGCCACAGUCUGGUGGAGCAGAUCGGGGAGCUGGUCGCCAGCGCUCAUGCCUUAGGUGAGGGCCAGUAUCCUUUCCCCUCACUUCCAAACCAGCCCCCACCGGGCCCCGAGUCCCAACCUGAUCCUGAAGUGCCCCAGGAGGGUGAGGACAUGCUGAGAUCUAUUCGCCGAGGGGUGCGACUGCGCAAAACCACCUCCAAUGAUCGCUCUGCACCCCGGAUUUUGUGAUGCCUCCCGGGGAGAUGGGAGAAUACAUGUGAAGUAACACAGAAAAUAAAAUCACAAUGACUCUUUAGAAAAUGAGCUAUGAUAAAGAGGAUUACAAAAUUAAAUGUUUAAAGUCAUUGUAGAAAAUAAUGUAAAACAGUAAUGAACAAAGUAAAUGAUAUUAUGUAACAGCAGGCCCAGGCCACUAUAACUCUUAGCGUGUUUGAACACAUGUUUGUCUUAUUAACAGACACAUCACCGCGGGAUAGUUGAACUGUAGUGAGACAAUUAACUACUGACGGAAGGGACCAGGAUGUCUGGGGGUUUUUGUGGUCUCCUCCAGUUCUCCGCAUGGUCCCAGUAGAAUAACAGCCCUCCCCAAAUGAUGGACCCCAGGAAUCAGUGCUUGAGAAGCUCAUGGGAUAUGCAGGGACUCGUGCAUUUCCUUGUCCUCCACAACGCUCUCUCCAACCCAGCCCUCACCUCCAGUAAAAUUGACAUCACAUCCUGAAAAUCACAUGGUAUCGCUGUUGUGUGUUGGUCUGCAGUCUGGAGGUGAGCAGGGCUCUGCUGCAGGUCAGCUUGUGGUUGCAUAGAUAGACAGGAUUUAUCUUUUGUUCGUACACUUCUCCCAAGAGUAGGAAAGGUUUAUGUCAGGUAUGUGGAUUUUAUAGAAUUAGGGUGAAAAAAAAACACCAUGAUAAUGUGGAGCAAUAACAUUUUUUUUUCCUUUGAUGGGGGAAGGAUUCAAAGAUAAGCUUUUAAUAAAGUUGUUCCUUUUUGAUGUUCAGGUGUCUUUGGGAAAUUAGAUGCUAGUUAUGGCUUAUUUAAAAAGAAAACGAGAAAGGAUGCAGAGCACUUUUAAGGCAUAGUUUUGACUGUUAGUUGUCACUGUGGCCACACUGUGUGUGGUGAAUGCUGUGAGACAGCGCGGUCACGUGCCCUGGUACACAGGGAGACGAAUGCGUGUAGCAAUGUGGUGAUAUAAGAAAAAGAGAGAGAGAUGGGAUGUGAAGCAGAGAUGGAGGUAAGAAAAAUUAUUUGGCAACAUUUUUCAGUAGGAUCAAUUUGUUAACAGUAUUAGUUAAUUGAAUGUAUUAGGUGUCAUGAACCAACAAUGAACAGAAUUUAUUCAUCUAUGUUCAUUUCUAUUUAUUGUAGUUCAUUUUCUAUAUUUCGAGUGGUAUAAAUUAACAUCAGCUAAUGUAUUAUAAAGUUGGAGUCAAUAAAAUAUUAAUACAUUUAUUCAGCAAGUAUGCAUUAAAUUGAUGAAAAGUAACAGUAAAGACGUUUAUAGUUGUCUUCUUUCUCUUUGUCAAAUAAUCCUGCAAAAAUCGAUUAUGGUUUUUCACAAACGCAGCAAAACAUAUAAUCAUUUCAGCCCUCAUUAUAUAAAAAUACGAAAUAAACUGCUUUGCCACUGCAAUAAUGAAAUAAAAUUUUAAAGUAUAUUAAAAUAGAAUAAUAAUAUACCCCCCCCCCCUCCCCACCAACAUUUGAACAAUGGCAUAUAUUUAUAUAUUAGCAUUAACUAGAUAAAUUAAUAUUUUUAACAAAAAAAAAAACAAAAAAAAAAAACAUUGUUCAUGACACCUCACAACACCUAUUGCAUUAACUGUUAACCAGUUGAAUCUUAUUGCAGAGUGUGACCAAUGAUCUUGAAAGGGAACUGGUUGAUGCAUUAUAUUUAAUUUCCAAUCUGAGCUUCUAAAAUAUUUUUCAGGAAACGUUCUUUUACUUGUCAAGCCUCAAACCACAGUCCCGUGAUAUAUCUCUAGGAGGGGUGGAGACAAUGAGCUAAGAUGAAGGCACACACCUGGCUGACAUUUUUUUGGGGACUUAAGAAUGAACUUUGGAUCUGCAGAGGGAAGAAGGGAUGAAUAAAGGAGGUGGAGAAAAUGAACUCUGGGAAGAAAACUCAUCCAGUUGUUUAUGAUAAAAGCAUUCCACUGCCUGCUUUAGAUGAUUUAUGAGUAAAUACCUAUGACACUAAAGGUCGCUGGUUGCCCUGGUUGAAGAAAAAAACAAUGCUCUGUGAUGAUACUGGAUGUGGAAGUGAUAUGUAGGAGGUCAAAACAUAGUUUUAGUCAUGUAGUGUCUGUUUGUGAGUGACUUUCUGUUCUCCCAAGACUCCCUAUAACCCCUGCGGUCAUAAAUAGUGCUGUUGCGCCAGACACUUGCUCCUUACUCUGCCUUUUGUUUUGUUUUUUGUUUGAAUUAUUUAUUUCGCAUAGAGCACUCUGUUUUAGGAAUGCCUGUAGCGUGUUCAAAAGGAAAAAAAAAUAUGUCUGCUUUGUGACAGUAUGUACGACUGUGUUGAUCUUUUACCGAAAACAGUGCCAUUCCGGAACACCAAGGCCAUAGCGAGAGCAGGCUAGAAUGAAAGAACAAACAUAUGCAUAAACUUCAUAGGAAAGUGAACUGUGGCAAGAAGCUUCACUAAAAAUAAACGUCCUACACAAAUGUUCUCUUGCAAUAGGAUUCAAGGGGUGAGUGAGGAAACCAUUUACAAGAGCAUCGAGUUUGACAGCAAAAUAGUACACUUUGCUAGACAAAGAGAGAAAGAAAAAAAACAAACAUAUCUUACUGUUAUAUAUCCAUACGUUUCAUGUGAAGCUUCAUGAUCUGCUUUAUGUGAUAAAUCACAAAGAUAAAGUUCUCAGAAGUUCCAUCACAGACACAUAAAUGCAGGAAGAUACGACAAGAAGGAAGACGGAGAGUUGAUGAGAAGUGAAAGAGAAAGGAGACUGGGACGAGUAAGAGAGAGAAAGUCAAGGUCAGUGGAGAAUAAUUGGUGAAAGAAACAGAUAGGAAGCAAAGUGAAGAAGUGAGAGAGAGACACAAAAGAAAACAAAAGACACAAAAGCCUGAUUGCAGGUAGUUGGCUUAUUGUUGUCUCUUUAUUGUAAUGUCAGUAUCUGCAGGUUUCUGCUCCUGAGGUCAUGCAGUAAGAUGACAGUUAAAAGCCCCUCGGAAGGAAACUACCAGUCACUUAUGAGCUCAGCCUUCAGCGUCUCAAUACACACACACAGCAGAUAGGCUCUUUUUUGGUUCUCAGGUGAUUAUACGCACAUUUUCUCUUUGUUUUGCAGUGUUUGAAAUGACUCAUGUCAUGCUCAUUUGUCUCCCGCUGAAUGUCAUGAUAUGCUCACUAUAAGGCAGCCAUCACGACUCGGCUGUAAAAAUAUGAUUGGCCUGUCUCUUAUACUUGACAUCUGUGAAGCUCAGGGUUCACAGUUUGUCCAAAAACCUUUAAUGCCAAUUCGUAACUAUUUUAUGGGUCUGCGAAUUCAUAAACUGCA